CCACCCGUCCACACGCCCAACGCAGCUGUCGUGUGCCAUAGGAUGGUAGUGCCCAGCAGUAGCAUACACACCGUUCACAUUACGAGCCGCUCCUCGCAUCGCCACUAAAGCCCUACUCACAAACCCCGUAGGGCUAGACAGAUCUCGCCACGUCCCCGUUCGCCCGAUCCGACCGUAUCACCGCGUGGACACGAUAGCUUCGGCAUGAGAGAUUGCCGACGAACUCGUGGCUCUUCUCUCCCAGCCUGGCCCUGGUUAUAUACGCCCUGUCAUGGCCGACAAGGGCUCUCCCUCCGUCUCGACCUCGCCGACCAACCCGGCUGGCCGGUCGUCGACCCUCUCUGACCAUGCGCCGCCGGGUCUCAGUCGUCGUCGAUCGGUCACGGCCGGCCAAUCUACUCCCCUCCGCCGCCGCUCCACGGACAAUUCCGGGUCGUCGCCCGUCGAUCUUUCCUUUACGGAGGUCCGAAGACGUAGCUCUGCGUACUCUGAGUAUAGCAUGACGAGCUCGCGGAGGGACCCCGACGCUAGUGCCGACGGAACGUUCGACCCUAGCAUAGCUAGCACCGAGGAGGAUAGAUCGCUCCUCGUCUACAUCCCGCUUACCCUGGCUCUGCUGCCUGCGGUGGCCGGCGUGUUCUUUAAGAAUGGCAGCGCCAUCUGCACCGACUUGUCCUUGCUCAGCGUAGCCGCCGUCUUUCUCCACUGGUCUGUUACGCAGCCGUGGCACUGGUAUUUCUCCACGCGGCAGGUCCGCAUAGCGACGGGCGAGAGUAUGCCAAACUCGGCCCUCGAGUCCGACAGCGACGGUGAACCCUCCCCCAUAGCCUUGUCGUCCUCUUGUGAUGCCCAUGACGGCCCCGACGAGGUGGGGAAGCAGUGCGAAACCGAGGGGCUGGCUGACGGAUUGUCGCCCGGUAAACAAUGGGAAGGACAGCGAAAUGGGGCACUCAGGGAGCUCUACUUCUACGAAGUCACGGCCUUGGCCUGGUGUUUUAUUUUCCCUGCACUAGGCGCCUAUCUGCUACAUAUGAUCCGCGGUCAGCUGUCGCGGCCUUCAGGGGGUCUAGUGUCUGACUACAACCUCACCAUUUUCGUCUGCGCCGCCGAGAUUCGUCCCUUUUCACAGCUGUUCAAGAUAAUACAGGAUCGAACCUUGAGGGUCCAGCAAAUCGCGGCGAUAAACCUGCACGAAGCGCGACUGGUCACGAUAGGCCAGUUUCAGGAGCUUUCGAGCCGGCUAGAAGAUUUGGAAACCCAUGGCCCGAAUGGUGACAUGACGCAAUCAAAGUUGGUAGAGACCGCCGUAGCUCAAGAAAUCUCCAAGAAGAUACGGCCAGAGAUAGACGCGCUGAACCGUGCCAUGCGUCGAUACGAGAAGAAACUUGACAUUCUGGCGUAUCACAUUGACAAACGGAUCCAAACGGUGGAUCGUAGAGUUGACGGUGCCGUCGCGGUGGCCGCCGUCCAGGGCCGGAGAGGCAACUCCUACAGGACGCUAGGCACCUGGUUCUUCGGGAAAUUGAUCAUGAUCGUCAUCCUUCCGGUUCAGAUCGUAGCCGCCAUCGUCACCUUUCCUUUCCGGAUGGCGUGGGACCUGUUCGGUCGCAAGAGCCCGCUUACGCUCAACAAGACACGGAAGGCAACGAAGGUGGAGAAAACGCCCAUCCGAGCCGGCGGGAAAGGCCUUGGUCCCGAUCGUGGGGUAGUAAAGACGCCCAGGAAGAAGGAUUAGAAUGCGUUACGAGAUUACGAGUUAUAUUCAACGUAGGGCUACGGCCUCAACACGUUCCUUGGGUUAUGACCCGCUGGCCGGCAGCGCAGAGGGGAAGGGGGGUUUUAUCAUGGAAAUGGGCGUCGGUCGUUCGCAGCAGGAAGAGGGGGG